UUAAUGUGCGGUUAUAAAUGUGUUUUAGUAACGUUAGUGUACUGUACGUACAGGAAUAUAUACAGUAUAUAAAAGUGAUGACCUUCUUGUAAUAUGUGUGAGCUUCGAAGUUAAGACACAUAGUCAGGAGCAGCAGUUUUCAGAAGAAGAGAAAGUUGAAGGGAAGGUGCCGUGUGAGUGCGGACAACCAUGGAAAAAGCGAGUCAAUAUGCCAAGACCAACCCGGCAGCGAAGGCAAGCCUUCUGUCCAAGAUAUUUUUCUGGUGGCUCAAUCCUUUGUUCCACACUGGAUACAAACGCAGGCUGGAGGAAGAUGACAUGUAUGAAGUGCUGGCAGAGGACAGGUCGGAGAGACUGGGACAGGACCUGCAGAGAUACUGGGAUCUUGAGGUCCAGAAGGCCACCAAAGAGAUGCGGUCACCGAGACUCACCAAAGCCAUCAUCAGGUGCUACUGGAAACCAUAUGCAAUGCUGGGAUUCUUUACUUUUGUUGAGGAGGCCAUUAAGGUUAUCCAGCCUGUUGUGUUGGGAAAGAUGAUUCAGUUCUUUGAGAAUUACAACCCAAAUAACAUGAAGGCUUUCUACGAGACCCUUGGCUAUGCAGCCGCUUUGUCUCUCUGCACCCUCAGCCUGGCCUUGCUUCAUCACCUAUACUUCUACCAUGUCCAGAGAGCAGGCAUGAAGAUCAGAGUGGCCAUGUGUCACAUGAUCUAUAAGAAGGCUCUGUGUCUCAGCAGUUUAGCCAUGGGAAAGACCACUACAGGCCAGAUCGUCAACCUCCUUUCCAACGACGUCAACAAGUUUGAUGAUGUGACUAUCUUUCUGCAUUUCCUGUGGGUGGGGCCCCUUCAGGCAGCGGCGGUCGUGGGGCUGCUGUGGAUGGAGAUCGGUCCAUCAUGCUUGGCAGGCAUGGUGGUCCUUAUGUUCCUGAUGCCCAUGCAAACCAUGUUUGGACGGCUCUUUUCUAAGUUCAGGAGUAAGACAGCAGUGCUAACUGACAGCAGAAUUCGCACAAUGAAUGAAGUGGUGUCUGGAAUUAGGAUCAUCAAGAUGUACGCCUGGGAAAAACCGUUCGCUGCUCUGGUCUCUGAUGUCAGAAGAAAGGAGAUCUCAAAUAUCAUGAAGAGCUCUUACCUUCGAGGUCUCAACAUGGCCUCCUUCUUCUGCGCCAGCAAGCUCAUCCUCUUCAUCACCUUCACCCUUUAUGUCCUUCUGGGGAAUACCCUCUCAGCCAGCCGUGUGUUUGUGACAGUGUCGCUGUACACCGCUGUACAACUCACCGUCACGCUCUUCUUCCCCAGCGCCAUUGAGAAGCUGUUUGAAAGCUGUGUCAGCGUCCGCAGGAUUGAGGAGUUCUUGGUGUUGGAUGACAUCACAAAAGGCAGCACUGUACUGUCUCAGCAUCAGAAAGAUGCCGGUGUAGAGAUCCAGGACCUGGUCUGCUACUGGGACAAGAGUCUGGAUGCUCCAUCUUUGCAGAACGUCUCCUUCAGUCUGAACCCAAAACAGUUGUUGGCAGUAAUUGGACCAGUGGGAGCUGGAAAGUCCUCCCUGCUGAGCUCCAUCCUGGGAGAGCUGCCUAGUGAAAAGGGGUUAUUGAAGGUCAAAGGUCAGCUGACCUACGCCGCACAGCAGCCCUGGGUGUACCCAGGAACUAUUCGCAGUAACAUCCUGUUUGGGAAAGAAAUGAACCCCCAGAAGUAUGAGAGAGUCAUCAAAGCUUGUGCCCUGAAGAGGGACCUGGAGCUGCUCCCAGAUGGAGACCUGACACUGAUCGGGGACAGAGGAGCCACACUCAGCGGAGGGCAGAAAGCACGUGUCAGCCUGGCCAGGGCUGUGUAUCAGGAUGCAGACAUCUACCUGCUGGAUGAUCCUUUAAGUGCUGUGGAUGCUGAGGUUGGGAGACACCUCUUUCAACAGUGCAUCUGCGGCCUACUGAAGAACAAGCCUCGUAUCCUCGUCACCCACCAGCUACAGUACCUGAAGGCAGCAGACCAGAUUCUCGUCCUCAAGGAGGGUCACAUGGUGGCAAAGGGGACGUACGCCGAGCUGCAGCGGUCUGGAGUGGACUUCACUUCCCUGCUGAAGGAGGAGGAGGAGGAGCAACAGCCUUCUCAUGACACCCCCACCAGGAGCAGAACUAUGUCCCAGAAUUCAGUGCUCUCUCAGACCUCUCUGCAAUCAGUCAAAGAUGGAGAUCAGUUACCGGCAGAGCCGGUGCAGACGUUGGCAGAGGAGAGUCGCGCUCAGGGAACCAUUGGAGCGGGUCUGUAUGUGAAAUACCUGCGGGCUGGAGCCAGCAUUGUCAUCCUGCUGUUUCUCAUACUGGUUAACGUACUGGCUGAGAUAGCCUACAUCAUGCAGGACUGGUGGCUGGCUUACUGGGCUGAUGAACAAGAGAAGAUUGACGCCAACAGUACCAUGAUUGAAAAUGGACAGAACAUCACCAAAGAGCUGAAUAUAGAUUUCUACCUGGGAGUUUAUGGAGGUUUGACUGCAGCCACCAUCAUUUUUGGCUUCAUCCGGAACUUGUUGCUGUUCCACGUGCUGGUGAGGUGUGCACAGUCCCUGCAUGACCGCAUGUUCAGCACCAUACUCAGGACACCUGUACGCUUUUUUGACAUCAACCCUGCCGGACGAGUGUUAAACAGAUUUUCAAAGGACAUCGGCCAGCUGGACUCCAACCUUCCAUGGACCUUUGUGGACUUCAUUCAGGUGUUUCUGCAGAUUCUUGGGGUGAUUGGUGUGGCAUUGGUGGCAGCUUCAGUCAUUCUCUGGAUCCUCAUCCCGGUGCUGCCACUCUUCCUCUUCUUCCUCUACCUCCGCCGCUACUUCCUGCAGACCUCCAGAGACAUCAAACGCCUCGAGUCUACCACUCGGAGUCCAGUCUUCUCCCAUCUUUCUUCAUCUCUUCAAGGCCUGUGGACGAUCCGAGCCUUCGGAGCUGAGGAGAGGUUCCAAAAAGCCUUCGACGCCCAUCAGGACCUGCACUCAGAGGCCUGGUUCCUGUUCCUGACCACCUCUCGCUGGUUCGCCGUCCGUCUCGAUGGCAUCUGCUCCAUCUUUGUUACUAUCACCACGUUUGGCUGCCUGCUGCUCAGAGACCAGCUGGAUGCCGGCUCUGUGGGUUUGGCUUUGACCUACUCCGUCACGCUGAUGGGGAUGUUCCAGUGGGGCGUCAGGCAGAGUGCAGAGGUGGAGAACAUGAUGACCUCAGUGGAGAGAGUGGUCGAGUACACUGAACUGGAAAGUGAAGCACCCUGGGAGACCCAGAAACGUCCCCCUCCCGAUUGGCCAAGCAAAGGCCUGGUGACCUUUGACCGGGUCAGCUUCUCCUACAGCGCUGAUGGACCACCGGUGCUGAAAGACCUGAGAGCAGUGUUCAGACCCAAAGAGAAGGUCGGUAUUGUGGGUAGAACGGGUGCUGGGAAAAGCUCCCUGGUUUCAGCUCUGUUCCGCUUGUCGGAGCCUCAGGGAAAGAUCUACAUCGACGGAGUUGUGACGUCGGAGAUCGGCCUCCAUGACCUGCGCCAGAAGAUGUCCAUCAUUCCACAGGACCCGGUGCUGUUUACUGGCUCCGUGAGGAAGAACCUGGACCCUUUUAACCAACAUACAGAUGAGCAACUGUGGAACGCUCUGCAAGAGGUGCAGCUGAAGUCUGUGGUGGAGGAGCUGCCUGCCAAGCUGGAGACGGUUCUGGCCGAGUCUGGCUCCAACUUCAGUGUGGGUCAGAGACAGCUGGUGUGUUUGGCCCGAGCCAUACUGAGGAAGAACCGCAUCCUCAUCAUCGAUGAGGCCACAGCCAACGUGGAUCCCAGGACAGACGAACUGAUCCAGAAAACCAUACGGGAGAAGUUCCAGGAAUGCACCGUGCUCACCAUCGCUCAUCGUCUCAACACCAUCAUAGACAGCGACAGGAUACUCGUACUCGAUGCAGGGAAAAUCACCGCCUACGAUGAUCCUUACACCCUGCUUCAAGAUCCAGAUGGCAUUUUUUAUAAGAUGGUGCAGCAGACUGGCAAGCAGGAAGCAGCUGCUCUGCUAGAGCUGGCUAAACAUGCUUAUGAGAACAGCAGCUGCGCCAAGAUAUCAAACGGACAUGCAGAAACAGCAGAUGGUAACUUGGUCAUCUUUGAGACAGCACUAUGAAGGCUUGGCUCUCUGCUCUGCCAGAAAGCUGCAGAAAGUACCUGGGCAUAUGCAAGCCCUCCUCCAGCUGCUGGUGAGGAGCCUGAGGAGGGCGAAUCUGAAGAGGUGACCUCGAACAGUUGAGCCAAAUAUUUAUGCACAUGAUGAUGUCGUUUCCUUCAGGCCGACAGCUCGGAAAUCACUGCUGUCAAACCAUCGACUAGAACGUUAUUUAUUUUCGAUAUGUAAUAUUUAUCAUAUAUAUAUAAAAUUGCUGCUCAGUUUACCGACGCCUCUUGGAUAUUUUUGCUUUCAAAUGGCGGUAUGAUCCUUAAAGCUGUAAGUGCCUUUUUUUUUUUAGUUUUGCUGCAGUUUGUACAUGAGCGUACAACUCAAUCCAAAGCUGUAAAUCCAGGUAGUGGUGCACACAAUGACCAAAUCUACCAGAGCAGACAUUUCUCAGUAAAAAUCAGUUUUGUAUGCAUUUGUCUGAAAUUGUACUGCUGAGUAAACAUGUGGUUCCAGUAUGAAAGAGAUUUGACUACUAAUAUAUUUUGUUCCUUGUAUUCACUUCACUGGCUUUGGAGUUUACAGGUAAGAGGAUCAGCUGGCAGUUUCAUCACAGCUGAGGUAUAGUGACAGUUACUUUGAUUUUUGUUCACAUUAUGUUCAUGUGUAAUGUCUUUGUUCUUUAAACUGCCAAAUUGUACCAAUUUGUGCAUUUGUUAUGCUGAAUGCUAUAUAAACAUAUACAAGUCUUAAC